CAUGGCUGUUCGUUUGUGUUGGUUUCGUUUCCAUUCUGGACUGGAAAGGCUUGAAUCAACGUGUAUUGACAGAGAUUAUUUGAGGAUAAACGGAUUUUUAUCGAGGUUCCUUCAGGGCAUGCAACGCGUUCCACGUCGUUGUUACUAUUAUGUUCCUCCCAAGAAAAGGGCUGGUCCUGGCUUGAAAGGAUGGAUGGCAGUUGGUGGAAUUUUUGUGGGUCUAACAGGAUUUGGCAUUGCAGUGAUAGGUAGACCUGAAACCGUGGAACAACAUCAGAGAUAUGAAUCUGAACAUGUUGUCAUGGCUUAUCUUCUUCGGUCAAAAGAUGCCAUCCAGUCAUACUACGAUACAUUUGCUUUGCCAUCGAGUACCGUGUUGUUGCCUAAUCCUCUACCAGAACCUUACCAACCUCCGUAUACUCUUGUCUUAGAGAUGAGCGACGUCUUAGUGCAUGCAGAGUAUGAGUUGAAGUGUGGAUGGAGAUACAGGAAGCGUCCCGGUCUGACGGCAUUUCUUAGAGAAUUGGCACCAUUUUAUGAGAUUAUUAUAUUUACAACGGAAGCGGGAUUUAAUGCACAGCCAGUUGUAGCUGCCAUAGAUCCUAAUGGUGAAGCAAUUUUCUAUACAUUGUUUCGAGAUUCGACAACUUACUUGAAAGGCAAACACAUCAAGGACCUUAAUAAUCUAAAUCGUGACUUAAAGCGAGUCAUUGCACUUGAUGUUGAUCCUGCAUCAUGCGAACGCAACAAACAAAAUGUUUUACUUCUGCAACGUUGGGAAGGAAACACUGCAGACAGAACACUAGUCGACCUUGUUGCAUUCCUCAAAACUAUUGCUAUGUCUGGAGUGGAUGAUGUUAGACCAGUUGUAGACUUUUAUCGAAAACAAGAUGAUCCUCUUCUCACGUUCAAGCAAAAUCAAGCACGAUUAGCAGAGCAAGCUCUAAAGCAGCAACAAUUGAUGCAAGAGAUCAAGUCGAAUCCAGCGGGUGGAAGUAACUGGUCGUCAUCUGGAUUUAUGGGAAAGCUGUUUGGGCGAGGACGUAAUCAAAUGCAGACCCAAACCGAAUCACAAGCAUCAGUAUCGUCACCGGAGGUUAAUACUUCUGCCGGUGCCUCUUCUGAUCAAGCAAGGUCAGAGUCUGUGGUAAACAACAAGCUAGAGGCAGGACAGUCAGCUAGUGACAUUACAAAUGAAAAUAAUGGACAUAAUCCUCCGUCUGGAGGGAAAUCACUUCUUGGUCGUUGGUUUGGUUAGACUAAUACGUUGUGUACUAACAACAGGAGUUGUCAAUAUGUUGUUUUAUUCAACUCUUGUUGCUGUAAAUUGCAUGUCUUAUCAUUGCAAGAUUUCAGGUUCUAGUGAGAGAAGUCCUCCAAUACACCUUAUAUGCACUUCGACAAUUAUUGUGCUUGCAUGGUUACUCCGGUCCAACAGCACAUCCAGUGCAUUCUUACAUUGAUUUGUAGCCAGCAAG